UCUCUCUCUCUCUGUCACACACUCUCUCUCUCUCUAUCUCACUGUCUCUGCGAACAAACCGACCACCCGGGAAGCACAGAACCACACAGGACCGGCACCGGACCGGACCGGGACAGAAGACAGACAGAAACCAUGACAGAAAACACCAAAACCCACGUCAUCCUGCUGUCCUGCGGCAGCUUCAACCCCAUCACCAAGGGACACAUCCAUAUGUUUGAAAAAGCCAGAGAAUAUCUGCAUAAAACAGGGCGUUUCAUUGUGAUCGGAGGAAUCAUCUCACCGGUCCACGACUCCUACGGGAAACCUGGUCUGGUGCCCAGCAAUCAUCGUCUCACCAUGUGUCAGCUGGCCGUCCAGUCCUCUGAUUGGAUCAGGGUGGACCCCUGGGAGUGUUACCAGGACACCUGGCAGACCACCUGCAGCGUGCUGGAGCAUCACCGUGACCUCAUGAAGAGAGUCACUGGCUGUAUCCUGUCCAACGUCAACACGCCGUCAACAACUCCUGUGAUUGGUCAGCCACAGAACCAGACUCCACCCAUCUACCAGAACCACAACAACAUGAAUCACAAGCCCACAGCCAUCAAACUGUGGGGGAAGCUCAGUGAGAGUUUGGGAAGGAUCUGCUGCGUCCGUCCGCAUGUCGAACGCUUCACCUUCGUAGAUGAAAACGCCAACCUGGGGACCGCGGUGAGAUACGAGGAGAUCGGUGAGUCAUGCCGACAGUAUCUGAAACUGAGCAGAUCCUGUGUUGUGUCCUCUGGUUUCCUUCCUGCUGUGUCUGAACUCCUUCUAGUUUGUUUGUUUCCAGUAAACAUGAUGUUUACUGAGGUGUGUCUCUUUCCUCCUGCCUGUUUGUCGUCUGUAGAGUUGCGCAUCUUGCUCCUGUGUGGCAGUGAUCUCCUGGAGUCCUUCUGCAUCCCUGGCCUGUGGAAGGACAGUGAUAUGCAGGUGAUCGUGGGAGAUUUUGGGAUCGUGGUGGUUCCUCGUGACGGCGCCGACACAGAGAGGAUCAUGAAUCACUCGUCCAUCCUCCGCAAGUACAAGGACAACAUUGUUGUGGUGAAAGACGAUAUGCAUCACCCCAUGUCCAUCGUCAGCUCCACUAAGAGCAGACUGGCCCUGCAGCACGGCGACGGCCAUGUCGUGGACUACCUGAGUCAGCCGGUCAUCGACUACAUUCUGCAGAGUCAGCUGUACAUCAACGCCUCAGGAUAGAGCCAACAACCAAACGGCAUGAGAACAGGAAGAGC